CACGGAGCGUCUGGAUGGGAUUAUUUAGGUAAAUUGCACUCACAUCAAAAUUUGCCGAAAUAUUUUGCUGGUAAACCAACUGCGAGGGAAUCUACCCCAUGGUGUAUUGAGAGACAGCUUCGGCUGAAGUGAUCUAUUCAAACCGAAUAUACGAGAAAAGUGUAAACUUCAUCGUGUUUGUGAUGGAUAAUCUGUACGUUGUUGACAAAAACACAGUUCGAUUCUUCCUUAACUCUAUGGCUGCCAUUCAAGCGAUAAGGAAUCGGAACCAUCGGGCAAACCUGAUACGAAGGUAUCGAACACUCAAAAAGCGAAGGAUUCGAACAUUGAUGGCGUUAAUUGCGUACAUGGAACACAGAAAGCUCACGCAAAAAUUGCAAAAACCUGAACCAGCCGGUCCACUAAAGCGAGUCUGGGUCCUUCAAAGAGAUCAAUUCAUGUUCGAGGAAUUACUCGCUGGAAAUCUUCCCAAGGAAACAUGGUAUCAGAAUUUCCAUGUCUCAAGAAAGACAUUUUUCAAAAUCUGUGAGACAGUUCGUUCUGAGUUAUCUAGGCAAGAUACGAACAUGAGACCGUCAGUCUCUUUAGAAAAGAGAGUUGCCGUCGCUUUGAACCGUCUUGCAACUGGGAGUUGUUAUACUGCUUGUGGAAUUAAUUUUGGCCUUCCCAAAUCUACGGCCAAUGUGGUUAAGAAUGAAUUUUGUGAUAUUUUGAGAAGAAAAGCGGCGAGUUUUAUCAAGUUUCCGAAAAGCGAGGUUGAAGUAGGAAAGGUUGUCAGCGAGUUUGAAGACAUUUCAAUGUUUCCUCAUGUGAUCGGUGCUUUGGAUGGAACCCACGUAAAAAUUAUCGCACCGAAAGAAAACAAGUACAAUUUUUUGGGGAAGAAAGUUUUCUACAGCGUUCUUGUUUUAGGCGUAGCUGAUAGUAACUGCAAGUUUAUCCACGCCAGUGCUGGAUUCCCUGGUGCCAUGAGCUUUGCACAGAUGCUUCGCAGCAGUGCGUUACAGCGUGACAUUCAAAAUGGCGUGAUCUUGAAUGCACCAAGUCGAAUAAUUGAUGGCAAUGAUGUAAAGCCCCUUCUUGUCGGUAACUCGAAUUUUGACCUAAAUUCUUGGCUUAUGACCCCCUAUUCACAAACUCCAAAUAUUUCUGCUGCUCAGAAUAAUUUUAACACAGCCCUUAGCUCAGCAAGGGAAAAAAUUGUGCAGACAUUUGGAUUGCUUAGGGGUCGCUGGAGGUGUCUGUUAGAGACAAUGAAGGAGGACACCUUAAGGGUACCUACCACUGUUAUCGCAUGCUGUGUUCUACACAAUCUGUGCUUGGAAAUGGAAGAUGAUGCAACCAUUGAGCCUGUUUUCAUUCACAAUGAUGUGGACCUUGAUGUUGAAAACAGCGAUGACUUACCGACAAUGAGUGAAGGUGGGAAACAAGUCAGGGAGACAAUAAAUCAAUACUUGGACACAUUUGGAUAUAAGUAGAUUGUUAUGCUAUCAUGUGCCUUUAAAAGACAAAAUGAUAUUUCUUUCCAUUCAGCAAAUUUUUUUGUAUUUCUUUUUAAGAGCUGUUCACAUAGAUUUGAAAUCAA